CCACCCUCAACCCCCCUCCCACUCAAACCAAAAAAAUGUGCCUAACCUUAACAACCAAACACCCCCUCUGCGGCUGCCUCACCACCACAACAUUCACGCCCUGCCGUCUCAUCCCCUGGAACCGGUGUAUCCGGCGCGAGAUGAUAAUAGUCGAGGGAACGCGUCGACGGAAUAAUCUUCUCUGCGAAGCUUGCAGCGACAGCAGCAGCAGCAGAUAUUCCGAACGGAGAAUGAACAGACUAUACACUCUGAUGGCAUGUCUUGAGGGAUUUGACUCGAGUGUUGAGUUUGCUUGUUUGGAUGUAGAUGAUGAACAACAUAGUCAGGAUGACGGUGUUCAGGAGUUCCGGUUGGGAGAACAUGAUGGUUAUAGUAAUAGUGGCGAUGGUGGUAGUGGUGGGAGUAGUGAUGAGGGUUGGUAUGGAGAUGGAGAUGGAGAUGGAGAUGGAGAUGGAGAUGGAGAUGGAGAUGGAGAUGGAGAUGGAGAUGGAGAUGGGGAGGGAGAGGGAGAAGAAGGGGAUGAGGAAGAAGAAUAUAUAGAAGAGUCCUCCUCCUCCUCAGAGGAAGAACUGGUGGUGCUUCGGUGUGACCUGAGUAGAGUUUGUGAUUCGAUUGCCUCGUCGCGCGUUUGUCAUGGCACUGGGGUGAUGGGGAGGGAGAAGAGACGGUUUGGGAGAGGGAGGGUACGGGGGCCUAAGAGGAGGGAUACGGCUGAUGAGGAGGAUAUGGAGAUGGAUAUGGCGAUGGCGAGGGCGAGGGUGGAGGAUCAGAGGGUUUCUUCUAUUUCUAAGGUCUCAUCGAUAUGA